AUGGAUGGCAAAACGCAGUCCGAGAGUAAGCAAAACGACGACGAGGAAGUUGGGCAAAAACCACAAGUGCCUGAACCGUCGUCAGGAGGGUGGGGCUUUUCGCCGUUUUCGUUUCUCUCUGAUCUUCAGAAAGCCGCCGCUGUUGCCGCCGAAGAGAUCUCUCGCAAUGCUGCUGUAGUUGCACAGACAGCAUCUAAGAGCAUUGCGGAGUUGCAAAAUGAAGCUGAAGAUUCAGAAUCUUCCAAAGAGGGUGAAGGGACUGAAGGAUCUGCAGCUGAGAAGGAAAGUGACGAUGAGGGUACCAAACUGCGAAAAUCUGCCCUGGAUAGAUUGGAGAAAGCUAGUGAAGAUUCAAUGUUUAGUCAGGGGUUGAAGGCUUUUGAUAGCUCUGUGGAGACUUUUGCUUCUGGAGCAUGGAGUGCUUUAGGAAAUGCAUGGAGAGGGAGCACUGAUUUUGUUCAGAGACUCGAGAAUUCUGCUUCAAACCUUUCAGGGUCUGCACAGCAUGAUGGGCCAAGAGCUGCAGGUUCCAAUGCAUCUUCUCUGUUCGAGACAGGAAAAGCUUUUACGGCAAAGGGAAUGCAAGUGCUUGAAUAUGUUGGUAAGGAGACGAUGGACCUACUAAUCAGUGAAACUGGAAUUGAGGUUGAGAAGGAUAAAAAACAAGGUGAAGAACAAAAUGACGAGGAUCAAUUAUCAGAGGAAGUGAGUUUUGAUAGAUGCUUUUACAUUUAUGGAGGUCCAGAGCAAUUGGAGGAGCUGGAAGCUUUGUCUAGUCAUUAUACCUUGUUAUUUAACCGAAGAAAAGCAAAGUUAUCAGCUGAACAAAAGUCUGUCUAUGAUGGGAAGCUGAAAGAGGUCCAACAAAUUUUUAAUUUGAGUGCUGAAAUUGAUAGCAGUCAUACUGAUUCAAACAAAGGAAAGACAAUAAAGAGAGGAAACGAAGGAAGCAGUGAUGAGAUGAAGAAUUUACAUGAUUCAAGUGUUGGCAAGGCUGCUGAAAUGGCUGCAGGUUUCACCAAUGCCUUAACUGGAUUAGCUGCUAAUGAUAUAGUUCAGAGAACUACUGCAAGAUUGGAAUCUCUUCAUUCCGAGGGAGUUCAUAGACUGUCGGAAAUGUGCUGUUUUGCUGUGUCUCAACUUCUAGUGUUUGGAAAAUCCAUCAUUUCUCAUGCCAAUAAGACUGAGGAUGAAGCUGAUGAUGAUAAGGCAAACAUCGAGUGGCCGGAGGAUGUUUCUGCAAAAGCUAAUAUCGUAAGAGUAAAUACCCAAACAAUGAUAGGAUAUGUGGAAGCAGUUUCUAACAGUUUUAUUACAGGCAUAUCUGAUGUAUCUGAGGCAUAUCAAGCUGCCAUUAAAGCUGUUACUGCUGAGUCUCACUCAGUUGUUCCCCAGGCAUCAUCAGUUCAGCAAAAUGCCAGUGUCUUCUCUGAAAACCUUCGAGCUGAUCAAACCACAGCGGUUUGCAAAAUCCAGGAAGGGGUCCAAUUUUUAGCUUACGUUCUCAUUUCAACCUCAAUGAAUGCUGCUUGA